CAGUCGAGUACAGUGACUCUGCGAAGACGCUUGCCAGUUGCAUUUAUUUGGCGCAUUGUACAUAUUCGUUCAGUUUCUUAUUCUUACUUUCGUUGUUAUUUUUAUAUUUUUUCCGUGUUUUUGAACUCACAAAUAAACGAAUAACGUUUACCGGUUCAUCUACCGUGAGUUGAUGCAAGAUGACGCGUGGUAUCUUACGCUUGUGCGCUUACGGUGGCGACGUCGCUGUACAGAUUCAUAAACCAGCGCAACCAUUACGUUUAUUUUCUGGUAACGCGAGGUAUCUUCAGAAAGAUGGCAAACCGGCUGCUGUCGCCACAGGAAUUCCAUAUGAAAAACUGUUUAUUGGAGUUCCAAAAGAAAGAUGGGCAAACGAACGACGCGUUGCUGUAACACCGGCUGUGACUGCCACGCUGGUUAAGAAGGGGUUCAAUGUUAACGUUGAAGCAGGAUGUGGACUGGAGGCGAAAUUUCGAGACUCUGAGUAUUCUUCAGCGGGCGCGAACAUUGUUGAUAGAAUGCAAGCAUUCCAAUCUGAUAUUGUGCUCAAAGUUAGACAGCCCAUGGACGAUGAAAUUAACUCAUUGAAACACAAUUCGACACUGAUUUCAUUCCUUUAUCCCUCUCAGAAUAAGGAGUUGAUUGAAAAAUUGGCUCAGAAGAAGCUGAAUGCAUUUGCAAUGGAUGCCAUCCCUCGCAUUUCACGUGCACAGGUUUUCGAUGCGCUAUCGUCAAUGGCGAAUAUUUCUGGCUAUCGAGCCGUGAUUGAGGCUGCUAAUCAUUUUCCACGAUUCUUCACAGGCCAAAUCACAGCUGCGGGUAAAGUACCACCAGCAAAAAUUCUGGUUAUUGGAGGCGGGGUUGCUGGUUUGGCUGCCAUUGGACAAGCUCGAGGGAUGGGAGCCAUAGUGAGAGCGUUCGAUACCCGACCGGUCGUUAAAGAACAGGUUGAAAGUAUGGGGGCAGAAUUUUUAACCAUCAACAUCGAAGAAGAUGGCUCCACCGCAGGCGGAUAUAGUAAGGAAAUGAGCAAAGAGUUCAUCGAAGCUGAAAUGUCAUUGUUUGCAAAGCAGUGCAAAGAAGUAGAUGUAGUUAUCACUACAGCAUUGAUACCGGGCAAAAAAGCACCAACUCUUAUCACUGAAGAGAUGGUCAAGUCCAUGAAACCUGGAAGUGUGAUUGUUGAUUUAGCUGCGGAAGCCGGAGGAAACGUAGCCACGACUGUUCCGAACCAGGUCAAGGUAAUUCAUGACGUCGUUCAUAUUGGUUUGACUGAUUUCCCCAGUCGUCUCCCAACACAAAGUUCCACCCUGUAUGCGAAUAACAUUUCCAAAUUCCUACUAUCGAUGGGCGAGAAAAAUCAUUUCGAUAUUAGACUAGAAGACGAGGUUGUUCGUGGUAGCAUUGUACUGAGAAAUGGUGAUCUUAUGUGGCCACCGCCAGUGAUUUCUGUAUCCGCCAAACCUCCGUCUUCUGUGGCAGCGCCUACAACAUCUGCAGUGAAAGCUAUAGCUGCUCCACCUGAUCCGUUCAAGGAAACAUUGAAGAAUAGUAUUGCUUAUUCUACCGGUUUGGGUAGUUUACUCGGACUAGGAGCCAUCUCACCGAAUCCUGCUUUUACAACCAUGAUGACAACCUUCGCUAUGUCAGGAAUAGUGGGAUAUCACACGGUUUGGGGUGUCACUCCAGCACUUCAUUCACCAUUGAUGUCUGUGACAAACGCGAUCUCGGGAAUAACAGCCGUUGGUGGUCUUCUGUUGAUGGGAGGAGGAGUAACACCUUCCAAUACGAUCGAAACAUUGGCAGCUAGUGCAGCUCUUAUUUCGUUUAUCAACAUUUUCGGUGGCUUCCUUGUUACCCAGCGUAUGCUAGAUAUGUUCAAAAGACCGACUGAUCCACCAGAGCACAACUAUCUAUAUGGCAUCCCAGGAGCAUUGUUCCUUGGAGGAUAUGGAAUGGCAGCCUUCCAACAACUACCUGAAAUUCAUCAAAUGGCGUAUCUGGCGUCUAGUUUGUGCUGUAUUGGUGCGUUGGUCGGACUUUCAUCGCAAAAGACGUCUCGUCUGGGUAACGUCCUCGGCAUGAUAGGGGUAUCCGGAGGUAUUGCCGCAACUCUGGGAUAUAUGGCGCCAAAUAUGGAUGUUCUGAUGCAGAUGGGCGGUGUGGCAGGCAUCGGUGGAUUGAUUGGCUCAGUAAUCGCCAAGAGGAUUCAAAUAACUGAUCUCCCACAGUUAGUUGCUGCUUUUCAUAGUUUAGUAGGAGCCGCUGCCGUACUGACGUGUGUUGCAACUUAUAUGCACGAUUUUCCAUCACUGGCGACUGAUCCAUCCGCGAAUGUACUUAAAACUGCUUUGUUCUUAGGAACGUAUAUCGGAGGGGUGACUUUUAGUGGUUCACUGGUUGCUUAUGGCAAGUUGCAAGGUAUUCUAAAUUCGGCGCCUUUAUUGCUUCCGGGACGUCAUCUUAUCAAUGCUGGUUUGUUGGCCGGUAACAUUGGCGCUAUGGGAUUGUUUUACGUCGAACCUACCAUGGCUGGUGGUUUGGGCCUGCUAGGUACUACUGCCGCGUUAUCUACUGCGAUGGGCGUCACUUUGACUGCUGCUAUUGGCGGUGCUGAUAUGCCCGUCGUUAUCACCGUAUUGAAUUCCUAUUCUGGUUGGGCGCUGUGUGCUGAAGGAUUUAUGUUGAAUAACAAUCUCAUGACUAUUGUUGGAGCCUUGAUUGGUUCCUCUGGUGGUAUAUUGUCGUAUAUAAUGUGUAAAGCAAUGAACCGAUCGCUACCGAAUGUGAUUUUGGGUGGCUAUGGAACAUCAUCAACUGGUGGUGGCAAACCAGCUGAAAUUGUCGGAACACACACUGAAGUCAAUGUUGAAGGUGUCGUUGACAUGAUUAACAAUUCAAAAAAUAUUAUUAUUACACCAGGUUAUGGUCUGUGUGUUGCGAAGGCACAGUAUCCUAUCGCUGAAAUGGUGAACAUGUUGAAGUCGAAAGGAAAGAAAAUUCGAUUUGGAAUCCACCCCGUUGCCGGCAGAAUGCCCGGACAGCUGAAUGUUCUACUAGCAGAAGCUGGUGUACCAUACGACGACGUACUUGAAAUGGAUGAAAUCAAUGAAGACUUUACGGAAACUGAUCUUGUGUUGGUAAUUGGCGCAAAUGAUACCGUUAACAGUGCAGCGGAGGAUGACCCAAACUCAAUUAUUGCCGGUAUGCCCGUGCUACGGGUAUGGAAGGCUGAUCAGGUUGUUGUUAUGAAACGUUCGCUUGGUGUUGGUUAUGCUGCCGUGGACAAUCCUAUCUUCUACAAGCCAAAUACCUCUAUGCUAUUGGGUGAUGCGAAGAAAACUUGUGAUGCCUUACUAGCAAAGAUUAAGGAACAAUAAUCUUUGUACUUGUCUUAACUAUUUGAAUGUGCCAUUGGAUUUUUGUUUAUGCCAAUCAGCGAAUGUGUAAAUAUGUUCAUGAAAUAAACCAAUUGCAUUAAAUUUAAUAGAAACAAAAAGUGACCAAGUAAAAAGGGGAUUUUUCACGAUUGUUGAAAAAAUUA